UCCCCAUUUUAUGGUACUGUUGAUUUGGUGAUUUAGGAUGGAAGUUUUAUUGCUGAAUUCUAUAAUGGAAUCAAUUCAGAGGCUGCGUAAUGAUUAUGCUGGGUUGAAAGAUGAUUUGAGAGUAAUUAAAGAUGAAUUACGUGCAAUAACUGAACAUGGGAAACAUAGACAUAGUGAGGCGAAAAUCUUUGAGCGUAAAAUGGUUGAAAAAUUAAUUGGGAGGAAGGAAGAUGUUGCUUUUGUAAAUCCUUCAGGUAAAGACAAAGCAAAUGAUUUUGAUAGACAGAAAGAUGGUGUCCUUAAAUGUAGUGGGGUUGAAAGCAAAAUGGACGAUUUAAGUAACGGUGAGUUGAAUAAGUGUGUAGGAGAUAUUCAGGGGUUAGAUGAUAGCUCAACUAAUAUAGAAUGCAAAAGGAAGACAUGUGUUGGUAAUGGAGAGGAUAAAUGUUUGGGGGGAAACUUCGAGAACUUUGAUGAUACUGUUUUCAGGAUUUCAUCCCAAUUUGGAGAAACAUUAUUGCAGCGUGAAAUGUCGAUGAAAAAGCCUAGAGUUUGUACGAUUAACCAAAAAUGUUCAAAGUUGUCGAAUGUAAAAGUAGGAAGCCAGUCAGUGUCUAGUAGCAUUGGUGGGCCUGUUGAACGGAGGAAAAAAACGGUAAAUGUGUAAUUGAGUACGUUUUAUAUUUAUUUGUUAUUGUACCUUGUUUUAUAAUUUACUAGUUUAUUUAAUCAGGUGAAGAGUAAAUCGCAGACAACUCCACGUGGAGUUUAUGUUUCUAAUGUUACAACUGGGCAGAGCCAAAGCAUAGGGCCCUUUAAAAUUCGCACCCCCAUAAUUGACGAUGAUAUAGGGAAAUUAAUAGAAUACAUAUUUGAUGAUAGUUUGAAUCAUGA